GGUGUUUAGGACCACCUCUAUAUGGAGCCGCAGUUUCGUAUUUGACAUCGUUUUUCCAUUUGGCGGGUACAUGUAGUUGUAGUUUUAAGGCACAGGAGAAGUCAACGCCACGAGUGGUGAAACAGGAUUUUUAUAAUUGCACACAUCUUUCCAAGAACCAUGAACUUUAUUGGUUUCCUUAAAAUAGUGAAACAAUCAAACAUUCCUAAAGCAGUGACAGUAUUCCAAAAACACAAGCCUUCUUCUCUAGUAAAUGCCAAUCCAUUCAACAGUUUUCCAGCCCAUUAUUCUUCCAGCUCAUAUGUUGAACAAUUUAAAAGCAUCUUUCCAAAUGCAAGCCUCUUCAAUGUUGCUCCACAACGAGCUGCGUCCUCAACGAAUAAAUCAAGAGGCAAGAGGUCGAAACGCAUAGAAAUAUCAGUUCCUGAACCACCAAAACAUCCCAUGGGGGCCUACCAACUGUUUUUUGUGGACAAUUAUGAUAAAAUCAAAACAACAUUUGAAGCAGAAUUGGAGGAAAAAGCUCCUCCUACACAGAUAAUGACCCAUAUAGGCAAGAUGUGGAGGGCCUUACCAGAAAGUGAAGCCAAGGUGUACAAAGAAAGAUCCAAGGAACUCUCUGAGAAAUAUAAAGCCGAGAAGGCAGCAUGGAAAGAAAACUUAACACCAUUGCAAGAGGAAGUCAUUCGUCAGCAAAAAGUGGAUCAGAACGAGGCCAGGAAAGAAAGAAAACUUAAGAAAAUGUUUAAAGAAACUGAUAAACCUGAACGUCCCAAGAGAGUAACAGCUAUCAACUUAAUGGAAUUGGAAGAUUUCGACACAUUAGAGGAGUAUGAAGAUACUGAUGAUGCACAGGACAAAGUGAAGAAAAGGUUUACCAAGUAUGUUCAGGCCAGAAGUGAAAAGUGGAAGUCAUUGCCAAAUGAGGAGAAGCUAGCUCUGAAAGAAAUCGCCAGUGAGCAGAACAAAACAGCAGAACUCAACUAUCACAAUAGACUUGCUGAGUGGGCACUCAGUAUGUAUGACGAAAACAAUUUGGACAUUGUGACGAAAGAGGAAGCCAAAAUAAUAGUUCAUCAGUUAGGAAUACCGAAGAGAAGAAGGUCAGCUCUGCAGAUUUUUCUGAUGUCUGAUCUUGGGAAAGAAAAGGGGGCAACAGUAUCAACUGCUAAAACAAUAUUUGAUGGUUUAUCUAGUGUACAGAGAGAGGACUUCAACAAUCAGUCUACAAAAGAUAAGGAGAGAUAUGAGCAGGAAUUUAAGGAGUGGAUGGAUGAUUUGAAAGGCAGAGCUCUGGGAACAUAUGCAGAGGCAAUCUUAAAAAAAUCAAGGGCAGUCAAUACCAAUAAAAAAGUGAAGGUGAAAAGCUCAAAAGCAAAAAAGAGCAAGACAAAGAAAGAGAAAUCAAAGAAAAAAGGAAAAAAGGGUGAAGCAAACAAAACCGAGUAACUAAGUGAACAUUUGCAGUGUAAUCCCAGUAACAAUGUUUUGAAGUCAGGUUCAUUUCAGAUCAUGGUUGUAUGUACUUUGUAUCUAUGUUUCCUUUGCUUUAUAAAAGGAAGAUGAUGUGUGUAUGUAUUUUUAUAUAAAUGAGGAUUAUUUAGUGUGAGGAUUGUGAAGUUGAUUUGUGUUCAUGUACAAGUAUACUGGUAAUGCAUGAUGUGCAUUUCUCACUUUCUACAUCCGACAACCUUUUAAACAUGCAUUUAGUUCGACUUGGAGGCUGUGCCCGAUUCUUUUCGAGUUUAUAAUGACACCACAACAAAACCAUGGUGAUGUGACUAUGGCACGAUCUAUUAACCAUAAAAUUGUCGAUAAAGGGCAACACCAGGAAAAAUUUAAAUGAGUAAGUACUGUAACUGCUUUAUCAAUAACGAAUUGUCACAUAACUUAUGUCAACAUUUGAAGAAUUUUCUCAGGAACAGAUCUACUAAAAUGGUAGUUCUACGUGUGAUACAAGCAGAGAACAGGACACUUUUUUUUUUUUUUAGUCCAAAACUUGCCGACAGCCCAAAACUGUGUCAAUGUUCGCCGCUUCUAUCGCAGGAAGAACUACCAUUUUAGUAUAGAUCUGUUCUUGAGAAAAUCCUUCAAAUGUUGAUAUAAGUUAUAUGACAAUUCGUUAUUGAUAAAAGUGUUAUGCAUUUGUUUGAAUUUUCCCAUGUGUUGACUUUCGUCCUCAUUUUUCCAGGUGAUACGUUAUGCCCGAUUCGUUGCUGUGUCUUUGCUGGAUAUUGUCAACUUAUGUUUUGGAUACUGUUUUUGUUGAGUGACAAUGUAUGUUUAUUAAUACUUGUAUAACUGAUGAGCCAAACCACACAGAAUAAACUUUACAAAAACUU